AUGCAAACUAAAAGUAGUCAAAAUUGUGAAAUAAGAAUUAUCACUUUGGAAAAAGAUUUUGACGGAAUAUAUAAUCUUUUAAGAUUACAAAAAGGAUGGUUUUUACGCUUUCAAUUAGGUGAAACAUUAAUUACACAAAAAGUUAGUAUUAAUAUUUAUAAAAAUAAAGAAAAAGUAUUUGAAGGCUAUUUAAAACCUGGAAUAUUUGGUAAUGAUUCUUUCAUUGAUGUUGAAUGUAAUAUUCCUGGAAGUUAUUGUUUUAAAUAUAAAGGUGAUAAUGAUUAUAAUAAAGGAAAAGGUUAUUAUCAUGUUGAACCUGAAUUAAUUGUUAAUGGUAACCAAAAAAUACCUUUAGAUGCUAUUUCAUGUCAAACAUACUUAACAAAAUUACUUGGUCAUUUUGAUGGAUGGAAAGAUAAAUUAAAAGUUGCUAGAGAAUCAGGAUAUAAUAUGAUUCAUCUUACUCCAAUUCAAACACUUGGUAUUUCAGAUAAUUGUUAUUCAAUAGCAGAUCAUUUAACAUUAGAUAAUAGAUAUAAAGGAAACUUACAUGAUGUUGAAAAUUUAAUGGAAAAAUUACAUAAUAAAUGGGGAAUGUUAGUUAUUCAAGAUGUUGUAUGGAAUCAUGCAGCUAAAGAUGCUAAAUGGUUAAAAGAACAUCCUGAAUGUACAUUUAAUUGUAUUAAUUCACCACAUCUUAGACCAGCAUAUUUACUUGAUAGAGCAUUAUUAUAUUUUUCAAAUGAAAUAAAAGAUGGAAAAUGGGAGAAAAAUGGUAUUCCACCAUUUAUUGAUAGUGUAAAUCAUUUAAAUGCUAUCAAACAUACAUUGCAACAUAUAAUUAUACCAAAAUUAAGAUUGUGGGAAUUUUUUCAAGUUGAUAUAGAAUCAAUUAUUGAAACUUGUUUGAGAGAAGCAGGCGUUAUUGAAGUUUAUUGUGGUGUACCAAUUGAAAAUACAAAUAAUGAUGAUAUAACUAUUGUUCAAGAUCCAGAAUAUAAAAGAUUUGGUUGUACAAUAAAUUAUGAUUCUGGAAUAAAAUUGGUAUUAAAAAAAGGACAAAAUGGUUUAAUGGAAAAAUUAAGAUUGUUAAAUCAUAGUGCUUUUUUAAAAAUUAAUGAUAUGAUGGUAGAAGCUAUUGAUGCAAUUAUUAGUCAUAUUAAUUAUGAAAGAAUAUCAAAUGAUGGACCAAAAUUAGGUAUUUUGACAGAUGAACAUCCUCUUGUGACAAAUUAUUUUUCUUAUCCACCUGGAUCUUAUACUAUUGAAAUGGAUGAAGAAUUAAUAUAUGAUAAAAUAAAAGGUCAACAAUGUAGAGCAUGUAAUGGUUGGGUUAUGGAAGAUGAUCCAUUAAAAAAUUUUGCUGAAAGUCAUUCCCAAGUAUAUUUAAAACGUCAACUUAUAAGUUGGGGAGAUAGUUUAAAACUUAAUUAUGGUUUAGAACCAUCACAUUGUCCAUAUUUAUGGAAUUAUAUGAAAGAAUAUACAGAAACUUGUGCACGUUUAUUUAGUGGUUUUCGUAUUAAUAAUUGUCAUUCUACACCAAUACAUGUAGCAGAAUAUUUAUUAAAUGCAGCAAGAAAAAUAAAACCUAAUUUAUAUGUUGUUGCUGAAUUGUUUACAGGAUGUGAUAAAAUUGAUAAUAUUUUUGUCAAUAAACUUGGAAUAACAUCUUUAAUAAGAGAAGCACAAAAUUUUCAAACUAAUGAACAAAGUAAAAUGGUUUAUAAAUAUGGUGGUAAAGAAAUAGCUAGUUUUAUAAAACAAAAAUGUAAAGCAUUAAAUUCAAUUUCUCAUACUUUAUUAUAUGAUCAAACACAUGAUAAUUUAAGUCCAUUAAAUAAAUAUGGAAGUAUGUAUUGUUAUCUACCAACAGCAACUCUUGUUUCAGCAGCAUCAUGUGCUAUUGGUUCAACAAGAGGUUAUGAUGAGUUUGUAACAUUUAAAAUAGAUUCUGUAAAAGAAAAACGUUUAUAUAAAAAUUGGUUAGAAGUACAAAAAGAUAAUUAUGGUUUGAUAAAAGCAAGAAAAUUAAUAAAUAACUUACAUUCAAAAAUGGCUUAUGAAGGUUAUACUGAAGUAUUUGCUGAUCAAAUAACAGAUAAUGUUGUUGCUGUUACAAGAAGAAAUCCAAUAAAUAAUAAUAUAAUAGUAAUUAUAACACAUAAUUCUUUUGGUCAAUUUGAAUGGAAUCCUCAAGCAAAAAGUAUUGAAAUAUGUGGUAUGAUAGAUAAAAUUAUUUUUGAAAUAAAAACAAUUGAAAACACAGAAAUUGAAGAUGGAAAGAUAUUUGAGAAUAAAAUUAAUGGUGUUUCAAAAUUUACUGUUGAAAUAAAAGAAAAUUUAAAUAUAAAUGAAUCUAAUUGUUUAAAAAUUGUUAAUGAAAAUAUUGUUGAAUUUAAAAAUUUUCCAUCAGGAAGUAUUAUAGCUUUUCAUGUUAUUCAAAAUAAAAAAAAUAUGGCUGCUAUCAAUGAAAUUGAUUCUUUUAUUAAUAAUAAUGAAUCACCAAGAUUAGAAAAAAUAAGAAAAAUUAUUGAUGAAUUAGAUUUAUGCUAUUUUAAUAAACUUCUUUUUCGUGUAAAUGAAGAAGAAUGGGAAGAUUCAAAUUGUUAUGCAUAUGAUAUUCCAAACUGGGGAAUUCUUCCAUAUUGUGGUUUGCAAGGAAUUCGUAAUUUAUUAAAAUAUGUUACUUCUAAUAAUGAUCAAGAUCAUCCAUUAUGUCAUAAUAUAAGAAGUGGUAACUGGUUAGCAGAUUAUUGUUAUGAACGUUUACAGUAUAUAAAAGAAUUAAAAAAAGUAGGUGAUGUCUUUCAAGAUAUUUUGGAAGUUUUUCAAUAUGUUCCUUCUAAUGUUAGACCAACUUACUUUGAACGUGUUUUUAAUAUAUUAUAUAAAGAAACAAAAAAAAAUUUUCUAAAAAAAUUAAAUGUAAAUAAAGAUUUACCAAGAUGUAAUUUAGUAGCAAAAUUACUUCUUUCAUCAGCAUCAUUUGUAUCUUAUGUAAAAAAUGCUAAAUUAUCACCUAUUAGUAAACAAUUAAUUCCAAUUGAAAAGUAUCCAGUUUCACUUGCUGCAGGUUUACCUCAUUUUUCAGUAGGAAUAUGGAGAAAUUGGGGACGUGAUACAUUUAUAUCACUUCCUGGAAUAUUAUUAUUAUCUGGAAGAUUUGUAGAAGCUCGAAAUAUUAUUCUUAGUUAUGCUGGAACAUUAAGACAUGGUCUUAUACCAAAUCUUCUUGCAGAAGGUAAAGGUGCAAGAUAUAAUUGUAGAGAUGCUGUAUGGUUUUGGUUAUCAGCUAUUAUAAAGUAUAUUGAAAUAGCACCAUAUGGACCUGAAAUAUUAGAAAGACCAGUUAUAAGAGUAUAUAAAAAUGAUAGUGAUGAUUUUAAUUUUUGUGGUGAUGAAGAACCAUUAAAAGAUGUUAUGUAUGAAGCACUUUCAAAACAUUUUAAUGGAAUUGAAUUUAGAGAAAGAAAUGCAGGAAGAGAAUUAGAUAAAGACAUGCAAAAUGAAGGUUUUAAUGUUAAUGCAUUUGUAGAUUUUGAAACUGGAUUUAUUUUUGGUGGAAAUCAAUAUAAUUGUGGUACAUGGAUGGAUAAAAUGGGAAGCUCAGUUAUAUCUGGUAAUAAAGGAUGUCCAGCAACUCCAAGAGAUGGAGCUGCUGUUGAAAUACAAGGAUUAGCUGUUUACAUUUUAGAAUCUCUCGAAAAGUUGUUUGAAGAAUGGGCUGAAAAAAUAAGAAUAAAUUUCCCUAUUUUUUUCUAUGUGUACGAAACUGAAAGUGAUGAAAAGGUAAAUAGAACAGGUAUUAUUAAAGAUUGUUUUGGUUCAACAACACGCUAUGCAGAUUUUCAAUUACGCCCUAACUUUACAAUAGCAAUUAGUCAUGUACCAGAUCUUAUAGAAACAGACAAAUCUUGGAAUGCUCUUAAAAUAGCAGAAAAACUUUUAAUGAGUAAAUUAGGUAUAAAGACAUUAGAUCCUUAUGAUUGGGAAUAUUGCGGAAAUUAUAGUAAUGAAGAUAGUCAUAAUAUGAAAACAGCUUGUGGAUGGAAUUAUCAUCAAGGGCCGGAAUGGAUAUGGAUAGCUUGCUAUUAUUUAAAGGCAAAACUUGAAAUUGGUUGGAAAAGAAAAUUAGAAGGUUAUGAAGAAGAUUGGAAUGAUGUAUGCAAAGAAAUUACAAAACAACUAUACAUUUAUGAAGAAUAUAUUGACAAUAGUUUGUGGACAUCAUUACCAGAAUUAACUAAUGAAAAUGGUUUUUAUUGUCCAUUGGCAUGUAAAGCUCAAGCAUGGUCAAUUGGAUGUUUGUUAGAAGUUAUACAAAGAUAUAAUCAAUUAUUAAAAAUGGACGAAGAAUUUGAAGAAUAA